ACGUGUGUCGGGCCUGACCUGAGACUCCUCUUCAGGGACCCCGCACACACCCGGGGCACCUGUGCACGCCGGUGCCCACCUCGCGGGCGUUUUCUCGGACUCUGGGAGCAGAAACCCUGCCUGAGGCCACCUAGAUAGAUACCUGUGUGUACACGCGGAUAAAAUCAAGGAUUGUUGCUACAAGAAGGACAUUUUGAACAGCAGAAAAACUCGAAGCUGAUGGACAGUGUAUGGGCCAGAGGCAGGGAUGGUCGGCUAUGACCCCAAAGCUGAUGACAGGAAUAUCUCCAAAUUCGAGGUGGCCGUGGCUGGGUCUGUGUCUGGACUCGUCACUCGGGCACUGGUCAGCCCCUUGGACGUCAUCAAGAUCCGUUUCCAGCUUCAGAUUGAGCGCCUGUCUCGCAGUGACCCCAGUGCGAAGUACCAUGGGAUCCUGCAGGCCGGAAGACAGAUUCUGCGGGAGGAGGGCCCGACGGCAUUCUGGAAGGGACACAUUCCAGCCCAGCUCCUCUCCAUAGGCUAUGGAGCUGUCCAAUUUUUGUCAUUUGAAAUGCUGACUGAGCUGGUGCACAGAGCCAGCACACACGAUGCCCGCGACUUCUCCGUGCACUUCGUGUGUGGCGGCCUGUCUGCCUGUGUGGCCACCCUCGCCGUGCACCCCGUGGAUGUCCUGCGCACCCGCUUUGCAGCUCAGGGUGAGCCCAGGGUGUAUAAAACCCUGCGGGAUGCCGUGGCCACCAUGUACAGGACCGAAGGCCCCUUGGUCUUCUACAAAGGCUUGAACCCCACUUUGAUCGCCAUCUUCCCCUACGCCGGGUUCCAGUUCUCCUUCUACAGCUCUCUGAAGCACGUGUAUGAGUGGGUCACGCCAGCCGAAGGAAAGAAAAACGGGAACCUCAAAAAUCUGCUUUGUGGUAGUGGAGCUGGAGUCAUCAGCAAGACCCUUACGUACCCCCUGGACCUCUUCAAGAAGCGGCUGCAAGUCAGAGGGUUUGAGCAGGCCCGAGUCACCUUCGGCCAGGUUCGAAGCUACCAGGGCCUCCUGGACUGCGCCAGGCAGGUGCUGCGGGAGGAAGGUGUGCGGGGCUUCUUCAAGGGCCUGUCCCCCAGCCUGCUGAAGGCUGCCCUCUCCACCGGCCUCGUGUUUUUCUGCUAUGAGUUCUUCUGUAGCCUCUUCCACCACGUGAAGAAGGCAGACAGCUCGCCUUGAGAGCCGGAAGGUGGCCUGAGGUCUCUCACCGAGACGACCUCCUGAAAGAAGCAAGACUUGGUCUACAGUCUCGUGUUGCACUGAGAGGCGCCAUCUGGUCCAUCCCUCCAGCCAGCUGUCCCAAGCAUGAAGAGCCGCUGGGAGUGGGCUGCAGCCUCGAUCCCACUGGCUUGGAUGCCACCAGAAGGACGGGGCUUUCUCCCUGCGGGAGCAUGGGAAGGACUGAGGACUUGGUCUGUGGGAUCCCAGCCACUCCAGUCAAGGAGCUUGAAGUCUCCCCUCCGUCUAGUCCACACUAAGGGGAACAGUUGCCUGCUGUCCUGCAUGUCUUAGUCAGUCUGCCAGAGAGCUCUCCUAGCCCUGGGUGCGGCCACAGCUUAGAGUGAGGGCUGAGACUGAGCCAGUGGCAGGGAUCUGGUCCUUACACCUGGGCUCUGGUUCCCGCCCGUUUUUUAAAUAGACAUUAAGGCUAAAAGCACAUUCCCUACCUUACCCCUCCACCUUCCCUCCCAAGUCACAUGUCCCCUGGAUACCAGCUGUGCCCAGCCUUUCUCAAACUCCAUUUUCUCAGUAGUUGCAGCCCUCAGGUAGCUUUGCUUCUAGUUCUGGGGGAAGCUGGUCACUUUCUAACCCACCAUAUUCAGAGCUGCAUGUCUGUAAAUGUACCAUGCAGGCUCUUUUCUCUUGGGGCAGGACUGGUCACAGCGGGGGCGCUCUGGGGAAGCAGGUACUGCAGCCCUGCAGGAAGUGGGGGGGCUGUGCUGAGGGGAGGAGGUGGGCCCAGGGGAGACCGAGCACAGAAACCCAGCAGAUACCCAUCUAGGCACCGGGAGAAACUUCCAUCCGGGGUGUGAGAGGAGAAAAUCUACAGAGCAGCCACCGCCCUCCUCAUCCAGGUCUCCCCAGCCCUGAGGAGUGGGCUCUGCAGGGGGAGCCAGGAUGGAGGGGCACCAGAAUCCCAUGUAGGACUUCCACCUGCGCCCUCUCCUCUGGGCCUCAGCUCCAGGCUGCUCUGACUUACUCUGAAGGCACCUGCUGGGAGCGGGCCUGGUGUGGGCCCCUGUGGAGCCUGCGCCCCUUCUCUCCUUGUUCUUAUUUCAUCCCCCAUCUGGGGCUUUGUGACAUGUCUGGGACCCUGAAUCCCGAAGCUGCCUGCUCCUGGCUGCUGAUCAUGAAGGUCCUGGCUGUGGCCAGAGGGCACUCGGACACCCACAGGGUUUGGGCACUGAGGCCUGGGCAUGGGGCUGGGGGAGGUAGCUGCCUGAACGUAUUUUUAUGAAAUUCCAUGAAGUAAACUAUUUUCUUCGUCU